GCCAGUCAAGCCUGGAGAAGAAGAAGAAGUAGUAGAAGAAGAACAAGAAGAAGAAGAAUGUAGACGCUGAUUGUUGCUAGUUGCUGUUUUUCCGCUACGGAAUAGGAUUUACCACAGAGCAAUUAUACAAAGGAACCUGGGGUGCAAACAUGGAGGUGCCUUGCUACCUGCCCAAACUGCUCUUUGAGCUCAAUGAGCAGCGCAAGCGGGACUUCUUCUGUGACUGCAGCAUCCUCGUCGAGGGCCGCGUCUUCAAGGCCCAUCGUAACGUGUUGUUUGCCGGCAGUGGCUAUUUUAGGGCCCUUCUGGUACACUACCUACAGGACAACGGACAGCGCUACAGCACGGCGUCACUGGACAUCGUAACAGCUGACGCCUUCUCCGUCAUUCUGGACUUCCUCUACUCCGGCCGCUUGGCCCUCAACAGGAGCAACGUCAUUGAGGUGAUGUCGGCGGCCAGCUACCUGCAGAUGACUGAUCUGGUGAGCUUUUGCAAAGGGUACAUCAGCUCGUCCUUGGAAAUAUGCAGCAAGGACAAGGAGAGGAACACGGAGAAGGACAACCAGGCGCAAAAGGGAGGGACGGGUCCUGCCGAUAGUGGCACGCCUGCUGCAACGACCUCCAGUGGUGCUGGGGUUACAGAGUCUCAUUCACAGGUCGCCGAGGCGGAUAGAGGGUCAGCUUUAGGCCCGGAGUCCGAGACCUCGGCUAGAACCCCUUUGUCCAUUGCCGCCACCACCCCUCCAGCCUCAGGCAGGGACAGUGGUUACCCUUCCAGGGAGGAGUUUGCACCUGGGAGUGAAAGUCAGAAGGUACAUGUGGACCAGACUAAUCUCUCAUCUUCCUCAUCCUCUGCUUUGACUCUAGAGCUAGUGAACCCUAAGAUAGAGUACGACCCCGACGAGGAGCUCAUGGAGUCUCCUGACACCAAAGACCUUUCAUCGUAUCCUGGACCUUCCCUGCACAAUGACCAUCAUAGCAGGCUACUCCCCACAAGUCCCUCUAAUUCCAACGAACGCUCUCCCUUGGGAUACAACUCCUCCUUUAAUACCAGGCAGCUGAUGGAGAUGCUGGCCAGAGGUGAAGGCCCCAGUCCUCUGGGGGACAGAGUGGGGCAACGCUUUACACAGGGACUAGGUAGUAACACGGGAGGAAGCAGAAUGGACGAGGGGUUAGGGUUUGUGGGCUCAUCUAUCAUGGAGAUCCAGUCUGAUUGGCUUGGAGAGGACACAGGCGAUGGCUUGGUAGUGCCAGUGAAACUCCACAAGUGCCCGUUCUGUCCUUACACGGCCAAGCAGAAGGGGAUCAUGAAGAGACACAUACGUUGCCACACAGGCGAGAGGCCCUUCCCCUGUCCCAUGUGCGGCAAGAGGUUCACACGACAGGAGCACCUUCGUAGCCACGCCCUAAGUGUCCACAGACAGUGCUGGCCAGUGUCGUGUAAGAGCUGCAGGCGAACGUUCACUGGGCCGAGCGUGUCGCCGGGGCUCAGGCGUUUUGGCAUCUGCGACGGCUGCAGCUGCGUGACGACCACUCACGACGACUCAGCUCCCGUCCACCCCUCCGGCCAAGCGGAGCCAAUGGAACGUGCGGACGGAGGCGCAGACUGGUCCAGUUUUAUGGACGAUGUGGAUGAGGUGGAGGUUGGCAGAGUGGAGGACUUAGUGGAGAAACAGAUGCUUGAAAGACAGCUAGCUGCCUGUACUGAUGUAAGUCACACACUGUGAGUUUAUAUUUAAAUUUCUAAUUUAUAGUCCCACACCAUGGAAUACCUUGGACUUUUUAGAUCAUCGUGUCUCUCUUGGUAAACUUCCAGAAAUGGAAAGAAAUGGUAAAGAAAGCCACUGGGUUGUAACAAAGUGAAAGGGACUUUACAACAGCAGGUGGCUGAAAUGAUGUUUCAGGGAGCAGUCACAGUUUGCAGGCUCAAACACUCGCAGUGGCAGCCACAGUUGGUCGAGACUUGAUUAAAAGAUGUUACAUGCAGUAUUGUCAUUUUUGCAGCUACUCAGAACAAAAACGUCACUUUCAAGCUAAGUUUUGAAUAUGAGCAUGUGUUCCUAAUUGUAUGAAAGGUAUUAUAUUUUUUGUAUUUAUUGUGGCGUAUGCCAAUAAUGCAAUGCUGAUUAUAAUUUCGCAAGUUUUCUGUUACUGCAUAAAAACGGGCUCAACCAGAUUUUACCAUUAAAGACAUCGUUUUAAAUUAUUAUUAAAUAUAAAAUGGUAUUCCAUUAAAUCAUUCAUGAGAUGUUUUCAAAGCACUGUAUAAAUGCGCAGUUUCCUUUCUCAAAUUACUGUUUCAGUAGAACUUGCUUUAGUAUUUCUGUCUCUGUAUUCUUUUUGUCUCUUCUUCCAGACUCAGAGCAUGAUGUUGACGUCAGGGCUCAGUGUGGGUCAGACCACGCGUUGCGUGUUAUAUUUAUGGUGGGAAAAUAUUCCUGUAAUUUGUGUCUGGAUUUGUUGUCCAGUUGCAGGAUAUAUUUUGAGAUAUCCGAUGCCUUGAAGGUGGUAUUGUUUGAUGAGUAAGAAUCGGUGCCUACAAGUAUUGCGCAGGACUGUUUUGAUGGCGUCUUUGACGCACACAAACCCAGUACGUCCUGGUUGUGAUUUUCCAUCACUCAUGUUAGCACUACAGAAAAUGACCUGGAACUGGUAGUUGAAAAGAGUGAGAAUCAUUGUCAUUGCAAUAAAUGUCCUUUUUUACAAUCUGAAA